GACCAUAGCACGUCAAUCCUUGAGGUGAUUGAUAGUCUUGACGCUUUGCUAAAAUCCGGAAAGGUACUCUACCUUGGAAUAUCCGACACCCCGGCAUGGAUUGUGGCUGCUGCAAAUGAGUAUGCGACAGCACGGGGCAAGACUCCUUCCAGUGUUUACCAAGGCCGCUGGAAUGUGAUGACUCGUGACUUUGAGCGAGAUAUAAUACCUAUGGUGCGUCACUACGGUAUGGCUUUGGCACCUUGGGAUGUGCUGAGGGGCGGCAAAUUCCAGAGCAAAAAGCAGAUUGAGGCUCGAAAAGGCUGCAGGUGAGCAGGGUGUGGAUUCGAUUACUACGAUUGCCUUGGCCUACGUCCUGCAAAAGGUGUCCAAUGUGUUCCCAGUCAUUGGAGGACGGAAGGUGGAACAUCUCAAGGCAAACAUUCAAGCACUCGAAGUGACACUCUCAGCAAAGCAUAUUGAGUAUUUAGAGAGAGCCCAGGACUUCUAG